AUGGCAGCCUACCAACCGCGCUCGUCGUUCGCCUCCACCUCGAACCGCUCAAGCUACGUCCCUCGUGCCGUCGUCGCACCCCCUACAGCCGCCACCCCCCACGCCGGCGGUGGCUUGCCGCAGUUCGUUCCCCCCACCCAAGCGAGCAACGUACCGCCUGGUACGCUGCCACCGGGGACGAUCGUCAGGGUUGGAGAGUACGAGGUCACAGUGGAUCGAUUCUUGAGUGAAGGUGAGCGCUCUACUUUGGUGAUUGGAAUGUGUAGGAGCUGGGCACGGGUGACGGGUGACGCUCAACUCGCUCAUCUCCGUUCGAGGCUUGGCGGUGCAUAUGCGUUGAACGAUCCGCUUCGGGGUGGUACACUUCGGGGUGGUACACUGCCUACCUAUCACCACUUGCGACUCUUGACACCAUCCCACGCCGGGAGACGAGCACUGACCUUACUGUCCUCCCACUCAUCAGGUGGAUUCGCCCACGUCUACCUCGCCACCUCCGCGAGGCCCAUUCCCGCCGGCUCAUCGAAUGCGACGACCAAACAUGUGCUCAAACGUAUGGCCGUGCCCGACACCAAAGGGGUGCAAGAGGUUGGCAAGGAGGUCCAAGUCAUGGUCAGUCAGAGUUGGCCAUGCUUUACUCGUCGCGGACACCCAGAUCUGAUCGCGCUUCGUUCUGCUCUGUCGAAACCAGAAACUGGUUCGGAAUCAUCCCAAGAUCGUCAAUAUCAUCGAAGCUUCCGUAGCUGAUCUGCCGGGGGGGACGAAUGGGAGCAAAGGAUACGAGAUCUACAUAUUGAUGGAGUGGUGUGCUGGUCAGUGACCGGUGAUUGUCGUGUCCUCGCAAGUGGGGUCGGCGGUUCAGCUGAAGAAACUGACUCUGAUUCGGUUCUUGCUCGGCGACAGGCGGUGGUAUCAUUGACUUGAUGAACACGAGGUUACAAAAUCGACUGACAGAGACCGAGAUCCUCAAGAUCUUCAGCGAUACCGUCGAGGUGCGCAUAAGUCCGAUCAAAUAAUGGAAACGUUGACCAAGCGCUGACAGUUUGUUGGAACGGUGAUGCACAGGCCGUCGCUCACAUGCACUACCAGAACCCACCCCUCAUCCAUCGAGAUCUCAAAGUCGAAAACAUCCUCCUCUCCCCACCUCAGACGUUCAAGUUGUGCGAUUUCGGCAGUACGACCAAACCUUUACCCAAGGACAAGGUCCCCACCGCCGUUGAGGGGUUGCAAGCGCUCGAGCUCGAGAUCAACACCACAACCACGCUGCAGUACCGUGCACCCGAACUAGUCGAUGUCUGGUCCCGGAAAGGGUUCGAUGAGAAGAUCGGUGCGUUCGUUCGCCGUUCGUGGUCGUGGAAUACCGAUUGAGCUGAUCAUCUUCGAGGUGCAUUAUGUAGAUAUUUGGGCUUUGGGCGUGUUCCUGUACAAGUUAUGCUACUACACGACCCCAUUUGAAGAACAUGGCCCACUCGCCAUCCUCAGUGCUCAGUACAAGGUACGCAGCGAUCGCUUUCCAGCCCGCAGAGUGUAGCCCGUUGCUGAAUACGGAAUUCGGAUGCGGUAACGCUGGUAUGCAGAUUCCGCAUUACCCGGCGUACUCGAACUCGAUCAAGGGAUUGAUUGGAGGUCUUUUGCAAGAGAGUGUCGCCGCUCGACCCAACAUCUACCAAGUGCACGAGCAAGUCUGUCGUCUGCGAGGGACUGCCGUGAGGUUAGAGAAUGUGAGUUGUUUGCUUUCCACACAUCAGACGAGUGCAUACUCAUCGAGGCACCCGGGAUCCCGUUCAGAAAUACGCCAAAUCUUCAAGACCACCCUUGACCAAACCUUCGGCCAACUCGGGCUUCGCAAGCGUCAUGAGCUCGAGUCCAGCCGCUCCGAGCCCAUCAGGUCCCAAUUUGGCCGAGACGAUUUCCCCGAUGCGGAGAGGGCGCCCGACCAAAGCUGGAGGUGCCGUCGCAGCGCUCGCCAAGAAUGCUGAAGAACGAUCAACACCACCAUCGGCCUCACCCGCGCCCAAAAACUUGGGACAUGAAUGGGAUCCGGUCGGGACCACCUCGAAUGGGAGUAAGACCUCUCCGUCUGGCGAUGUAAAUGGGUUUGGGGAUUCAUUCACCAGUAUCGGGGCCAAUGGAUCGUCGUCUGGGUUCGGCGACUCGUUCCAACCCACGUCACCGUCAGCUGCAGAAAUUUCGCCAGCACUUACGCCCUCAUCCGCGGCCUUUUCGAAGCCGUCAGAGGCAUCGUCUGCCAAGUCACCGACUUCUCCUCCUAUCGGACUCAAGAGUCCUCUCCUCGCUUCGGCAGAGGCUGUCCUCAACGAUCAGUCAUGGAGGACACGACCAGUCUCUUCAACGUCUGCGCGGAAUCUGCCUACAUCCUCUGCGUCGAAUGUGACGGGAACCAAGGCUGUUGAGGCGCCUGUGGCCGCUGUCGAUGAGCGCGAACGCUUCGAGUCGACGUAUCCUGAUUUGGACGGACUCGAGUCGUUCACUAGUAGUGGGAAGAAGGCGGCAUCAUCGCCGAUGAAUGGUGCCUACUCAUCAGCUUCUCCAGCGGGUUCCGUGACAUCACCGCCACCGACGGCGACUUUUGUGCAGCUAACUGGGGAAGGCGACACGGGACCACCUUUACCGAGACGACCACCGACAUCGUCAACUCAGAACGCACCGACGACCUCUCUCAAGCCAUCAGUAUCAAUUCGAAUGCAGAACAGGCCCAACUUUACUAGUCGAUCAUCUCAAACCUCUCCUCACCUAGGCAACGAUCGACCUUUGCCCGGGCAAAAAGCGAUGCUGAACAAGCCCAAAGAGGCGACGAACGAUUUGGGGAGAGAUUCCGUCGCUUUACCCGGGAUGGCGAGGGUCGGUGGACCGCGACCCAUGUCGUUCUCUUCGGCGGGGUCUGGUUCUUCCCUCUCUUCGAGAUGGACACCGACUGCUCAGAGCUCGACACCCGUCGUGGCUUCGCCUAAACAAGCGCCUGUCGACUUGCUUGGCGACGAUGAGGACAACGACGAUGGGUUUGCACCCAAGCCGCUCCAUCAACCUUCCGCCACGGCCACACCGACGCCGAAUGCGACCGAAUCGCUGAACCUACCUCCGACAAGCUCUUCGACAGGCACGAAUCGAACCUCGAUCAUCGCUUCGAGCGAUUUCAACUUUGAGGCGUCGAGGGAGAAAUUCCGGCCUGUCAAACCCGCCGAUUCACCCUCUGCUUCGAGACCGACGUUUUCAUCCCAGGCCAGUCCGAGUCAGCGAGCCGAACCUGUGGCGCCUACUUCUAAGCCACAGGCUGCGACGACGGAUGACCUGAGUAACGUUGAGCAACGAUUUCCUGAAGCGGAGGCGAUUGGUUCUAUUGCACCGAUUUCAGUGGCAAAUGAGCCCACGGAGGAAGAAACGUGGCAGAAGAUUGAGGAAAAGGAGGACGAGUCGAGCGAUGACGAGGUGGAGCAAGUUGAGGACAUCACGAUUCGGCCUCGACUAUCUGGCCCUCGGAUGCCGAACGAGCGUACUUUCUCGUCUCAAUCGUUCAAGAAGGAAGAGGAGAAGAAGGUGGAAGAUGUCAUUGAGUCCGCCGCAGAUCAGGUCGUGUCGCCCACUUCGGGCUACCCAGUUUUUGCGCCCAUCACGCGAGUGGACUCGACGUCGACCGACGGGGAUGGAGACAUUGAUCUUGCACCUGCCCUGGCAUCGAUCCGCAAGUUUGCCCCCGUUGCGCCUCCCAAACCCAACAUCUCCAAACCCGACUUCAACGAGAACGAGGGCCGGAGUGCCUCCUCUUCAUCUAGCUCUGCGACACGUUCGGGACCACCGAUCCUUGCGCCUAGACCGCAAUCCGUCAACAAGCAAGACCAAAUCAACAACCUCGUCUCGCGCUACGAAGGACUGUCGAGCUCAAGCGACCCAAGUAAUCGCAAACCCUUACCUCCCGUUCCAGGGGGAAAGCCAACGACGCUACGACAGACUUCUGCUUCGUCCGGGAAAGGUCGACCUGCCUUUGGAGCCAAGAAGGCCUCUCAGGCAGCGGUGCCUACGACCACGGAGGAGACAGCACCACCGCAUUGGUCGUCGAAACAAGCUUCCAUUGAGAACUUUUCUUCGAGGUUCCCGAAUGCCGAGGGGUUGCACAAGCAUCUGACGGGGGAGACGACUCUGAAUCCAGCGACGACGGCGACUCGCCCAAGCACACCACCACGAUCUUACGCCUCGCCUUCACCCGCAGUGAACAUCUCGACCCCUUCGUCACCUGCCGUCUUCAAUGGCACGACCACCGCAAGUGGUUCGACUCGUCCUCCGCCUUUCAAACCCGUUCCUCCAACUUCGGGUCCUUCGACACCUCAACGUUCAUACGCCUUACCCCCUUCUUCCCAAACAACAGCCCCAAACAAGCCAUCAGACGGAGAAGAAGAAGAAGAACGGUUCGCCGGUGUUUCGAACAUGAAGUCACGCUGGGAGUCGAUCACGCGCGAGCAGAGUAAAGAUGGUGGCGCGGGUUCGAAGGGACCGGGGAAGGUCGAGAAGAGAAAAUCUUGGGCGGUUGUCUAG